CAAAGAUGGCAGCGCCCAUGCAAUAUGUGAAACUAAACUAUCUAACAAAAUACUUUCAGAAUAGAUCUUUAAAUUUCCAACAUUUAUUGUUUGGCCAAAGAAAGAAUUAUUACUCAAGAGAUUCCAAAAGAACAGCAAAUACAAUCACAGAACACAAGUUCCAGCCAUAUUAUGACUACCUAAGACGGAAUCGCAGAAUGUCCAGCAACUCUUUGCUUGUGGCAUUCAACACCUACGAGAACGUGGGAAUAGCAGACAUAAUUAAGAAAUUGCGGCAGAAAUAUCCUGUGAUACACUGGACUGUUGUGGAUCAUGAUGCGGGAUCUAACCUGGUUUUAGUCCACUUGCACAAAGAUAAGUUCUCAUUAAAGGAGAGGAUGGCAGAAGAAUGGCUUAUCAGCACAAACAGAUCUGGGUUUGUUGCAAAGACUAAUAAUCAGGUUAUGGACCAGACAUUUGUGAACCAUCUCAGGGAGCAGAUUGGAAAGUGUGAAAAUGUUUCUUUGCAGCUCAAUGUAGUUUAUGAUGCUGUGAAAAUGCCAGCGUCAAGUUUAGAGUUUCAUUUCUUUCUUACCGUCCUUCUUGAAAGAUGCAUACAACAGUCUUGCAACAUUCCGAACCUCAAGGUGAUAUGCUUUGGCUCUGUGCCAAGUGGGACUGCACUCCGGGGCUCCUCCGACCUCGAUAUCGUACUCUUUGAUGGUGGAGAAACCAAUGUUCCGGUUUUGAUGAAAUUGCACAAAGUUCUGAAGAGGAGUGUUUUGUGCAAGAAUGUCAUGUAUAUUCGACAUGCCAGAUGUCCCAUACUCCAUAUGGACUUCACUCAAUACAACAUAAAUGUGGAUAUCAGUUUGAACAAUAUUGUUGGGUCACUGAUGAGCAAUAUAACCUACUUGCUGGCUCACAUUGAACGAAGAUUUCUCAAGAUGGUGUUGUUUAUCAAGUACUGGGCUCACACAAAUGACAUGGCUGGUUCUUUGCCGCGGCCGUUGUCUGUAACCAGUUACAUGCUCACCCUCCUCAUGAUCGCGUACUUCCAGAAACUAAAUAUCCUACCCCCACUGAAGGAACUCUACAAGGACCCUUUUGAGCCUGGCAGUCCCAAUGGUAACUGGGAGCAGCUCUGCAAAAUCACGUUCAGGGAAGACAUCGCGGCCUUGAUGUCAAGCAACUCUGUAAAGACCUCUAACCUUAUCCAAGGUUUCUUUGACAUGUAUGCCAACUUUGAAUUCAACAAGAACAUCAUUGAUGUCCAUAAUGGUGAGAUAAUUGAGGGAACACAUUACUUUGACAUCUACAUUGCUAACCCACAUGAAGCACGUCAUAACGUCUGCCGGAAUGUGCCUAAACGGGGAGUGUCUAGGUUCCAGUUAUUGUGCCAAGAAAGUGCUAUAAGUUUGAAGGGAAAACAUGAACAAUCUUCAAUUGGAAUUAAAGACUCUUCAUCAGUUGGAGGUAAAAAUAGUCAAGGCAAGGGAGGUAAAGACACAGCUUGGGGCUUACAACGGUUACUUCCCUUGGCAAAGAAAAGUUCCAAUGAAGCUCAAGAUUUUAUAGAGAACUUGUUCAACGAAAACACAGUCAUGGAAAUUGUUAAAACUAAUGAUUCUGACAUAGAGAUAGCAGUGCAAAAAACGAACGCUAAUUCUGACAGCUAUGAAUCAGAAGGUGGAAAAAUUGUUAGCUCGGAGAAGCAAGAUUUAGACUCGCCAUCUUCCAAAAACAGAAGGAGAAAAAGACGCUAUAAGAAGGUGUAAAAGAAUACGUUCAUUUAAAAAAAAUUGAAAUGAAAAAAAGAAGCUAUUUUUGCAGGUAUUCAAAUUUCUACAUGUAGAAUGGAACAAAUUACAAAUCUAUUUUUGUGCACAGAAAGAAAGUAUGUACAAUGGAUUCACCAUUCUUAGGCGUCUACUAUGUUCAGUGCAGUCUGACUUGAGGAGCUUUUGGUCGAUCAUCUCUAAACAUGGAUGAUAUGUGUAUGGGCAAAAUAUCUCGAGCUAAGUUGGAUACCAUGCCAUGAAGCUCUAGUCACUUUCGAGUUAUUGCACUUAAACUGCUUGAGCUUUCCAUUCUGUUACUUGAGGCGUUUUUGUGUGAUUACCGUAUUACAAAUUUUAGACACUGUGCAUAGGCAGAAUAUCUGGGUCAGUGACUUCAUAGUUAUUGCCCUUUAAAGGCUUGAAAACAAAAAACUUGAUUGUCAGCGGCGUUUCUUGUGCCAUAAACCAAAUUGGACUAAAUAUUUGGGCAGAAUACCUUAAUAACCUGCCAUGUCAUCCGAGUCAGUUCAGAGAUCUGGCCCUUGAAAUGCGGAAAUUACAUACACUUUUUAAAAAAACAAAACAUUCAUACUCUUGAUGGUUGUUACUUUUGAUGGUUUUAUCUUGUGACAGUUUGCCAUUCUUAAUAUGUUUUGAAUUUAAAGUUUAUUACAUUUGUAUUAGUUAAAUUUACUUGAACAAAAGGUGCGUAAAAAUCUUGCGUAAAUAAAGAUAUUUGAGUAGA